GGUCAUUAAUUUAAUACUUCAAGGUGGGGUCAGUUUAAAAACUUGUUUUUAAUAAAUACGUAGAAGUAUAGAACCAGUUAUUCAGCUAUUAGUGAAUAACAAGGUUCAUCUUGCCGAAUAUUAUUAACCAAAUAUAUAUUGUAGUUGUUUUAUUUAUUUGUACUUAUGCAUACUUUGUUACUUCCGUGUGUCUUUUAACUUUUUUAAUUAAUAAAACACCUUUGGAUACAAUGAAAGAUAUUUUAUUUUUUAUCAUUUGUUCGGUUUUUGCUGUAGUAGUACUUUCUGCUACUAGUAGAUCUCAAGUUAAUGCUAAUGCAAAAGACAAAUUACAAACUCAAAAAGUGUCUGAUWACAAUGUGCCAGAUUUUCAUGCUUUUAAUUGGAGAUUGUGCAAAGCUUUGCAUGAUGUUGAGAAAAAUAAUGCAGUUAUAUCUUCUAUAAGUGUUAAGUUGGUGCUGUUGAUGUUAUAUGAAGGAGCUCUAGGAACUACAGCUAAACAGAUAGAACAAAUUGUUGGAAUAAGUGGUCGUAAGCAAAAUAUAAGAGAACGUUAUUCACAAAAAUUGCAGUCAUUACAAAGCCAUGGUAAAGAUGAUUAUGAAUUGGAUAUUGGCACUAAAUUAUUUAUGGAUAUAUCAGUUCAACCAAAAUCUGAUUUUAUAGAAACUAUAUCUAGGUGGUAUAAUUCAAGUUUUGAGGUGGUUGACUUUAGUAAACCUGCUAAGGCUGUAAAUUCAAUAAAUCAAUGGGCAGAAAUCCUUACUCAUGGCCGUAUUCAACAACUAAUAUCUGAAGCUGAAACUAAAGAAAGUACAGUUCUUCUUUUAUUGAAUGCUAUAUAUUUUAAAGGAUAUUGGACAAUUCCAUUUGAUAAAGAUCUUACCAAAAGAGGUACAUUUUAUUUAAACUCGAAAACUGCUGUUGAUGUUCCAUUAAUGACUGCUUACAACUAUUUUAAAUUAUCUACCAUAGAAUCACUUAAUGCUAGAUUAAUUAGUUUGCCAUAUCAGGGAAAUAAAUUUGUUAUGUAUAUAAUAUUGCCAGAUGAAAUUAAUGGUUUAGAUGAUCUAAUUAAUAGAAUUAAUCCAUCAUUAUUGGGAGAAUCAAUAAAAAAUAUGAAGAUGUUUUCUACUAAAGUUGUGUUACCAAAAUUUAAUUUUGAAUAUACAUCAAUUCUUGGACCAUUAUUACAAAAGUUAGGUAUUACCGAAAUGUUUGGACCAAAUGCAAAUUUAACAAAUUUAGGAAAUGAUGGCCAAUUUGGGAGUCUUAUCGUGUCUAAUAUACUUCAAAAAGCUGGACUCGAAGUAAAUGAACAAGGAAGCACCGCUCAUGCAGCUACUGAAGUUGAUUUAGAUCACCGUUUUGGAGCAUCAAUUGAUGCUUAUUUUGAAGUCGAUAGACCAUUUUUGUUCAUGAUAGAAGAUAUUACAAUGGAUACCAUAGUAUUUGUUGGACAAGUCAUGAAUCCACUUUCACAGGGCUCACCUGUAGUUACUAUUCCAAUGGCCAACACUCCAACUCCAAUAAAAUGUAAAUUUAUAAUCUUAGAACUUAGCUUAAAUCAACCAGAUUCAAAUGUUGUAGUUUCUACAGCUAGUAUUAAAACCAUGUUAACAUUGCUAUCGGAAGGGGCUCGCGGAGAUACGUUAGAUCAAUUAAAUAGGGUAUUACGUUUACCAACUGACCAAUCAACAUUUCAUAAUGUAUUACAUGCAAAUCAAUUAUCUAUGGAGAGUGAUGUAAUUGAUAUAGUAGUUGUCAACUACAUGUUUGUUAAGAAUAAAAACAGUAUAUCUAACUAUUUCAAAGAUACUGCACAAGAUAAGUACUCCGCUAAUAUAACUGAAAUUAAUAUUCUUAAUAUUGAAGCAUCAGUUAAAAUGAUCAAUAAACAAGUUUCUGAUGUAACACAAGGACUUGUAARCAGUAUAAUUUCUAAAGAUGAUUUUGAUGAAAACACUGAACUUUUAUUGGCAAAUGUACUUUAUUUCAAAGGAGAUUGGUUAGUAGAGUUUAAUAAAAGUAGCACUAAAAAACAGUGUUUUUACACAAAACCUGGUAUGUGCAUUGAAGUCAGUAUGAUGAAUUUACAAAGCCAAGUAGGAUAUGGUUAUAUAUCAGAUAUUAAGGCCCAAGUUGUUGAGCUUCUUUACAAGGACACAAAUUUUUCUAUGCUUAUAUUAUUGCCAGAUGUAAAUACUUCAACUGUACAAGUAUUGAAAGACUCACAACAUAAUCCUUUUUCUAAAAUAUUGAAUUCAGUUUAUCAAAGAACUAUCAAUUUGYAUUUGCCACAGUUCAAAAUUAAUUUCUCGACAAAGUUAUCAUCUGUACUUAAAAAGAUCGGAUUAACAUCUAUCUUUAGUAGUAGCGCAAAUCUAACAUCGAUAUUUAACCCAGCAAAACAAGUGUUAGUGAAGGAUAUUACACAUAAGGUAACAAUGGAAAUCAAUGAAAAAGGCUCUAAAGCUAGCGCAGUUACAGGUAUACCUAUAUAAUAUAUAUUUUAUGGU